AUGCUCGGCAUCUACUUACAGCGCUCGUGGAUCAUUCUAACAGCCGCAUGCUCAUGCAUGGUCCCACUUUACGUCUACUCUCGGCCCGUACUCAAGCUUUUGGGCCAGAGGCCCGAUAUAGCUGACAUGGCUGGAAAUUUCUCUCUCUACAUAAUCCCACAAAUGUUCUCCUUAGCCAUCAACUUCCCGACCCAAAAAUUCCUACAGGCACAGAGCAAAGUCUCGAUCCUUGCUUGGGUGGGCUUCGUGGCUCUUGUCGUGCACAUAUUCAUACUCUUUUUGUUCGUUAAGGUUUUCAAGUGGGGCCUACUUGGGGCUGCCGUGGCUUACGACGUGUCGGCUUGGGGGAUUGCUUUGGCCCAAGUGGUUUAUAUUGUUGGGUGGUGUGGGGACACCUGGCACGGGCUGACGUGGCUCGCGUUUAGGGAGAUUUGGGCUUUUUUAAGGUUGUCUGUGGCGUCGGCGGUUAUGCUGUGCCUCGAGAUUUGGUACUUUAUGAGUAUUAUCGUGCUGACGGGGCAUCUCGAGGAUCCUGUCUUGUCGGUUGGGUCGCUCUCAAUAUGCAUGAACUUGAAUGGAUGGGAAGGAAUGCUAUUCAUUGGAGUCAAUGCAGCAAUAAGACACCCAAGGGCUGCAAAGUACUCGGUUUUUGUGACCGUGGCCGAGUCACUCCUCAUAGGUCUUUUGAGCAUGGUGAUUAUAAUAGCUUCAAAGGACCAUUUUGCAAUACUCUUCACAAACAGUGAGAAAAUGCAAAAAGCUGUUUCUAAAUUGGCCUAUCUUCUUGCUAUCACAAUGGUGCUCAACAGCAUUCAGCCAGUUAUAUCAGGUGUUGCAGUUGGAGGAGGAUGGCAAGGGCUAGUGGCUUUUAUUAAUCUGACUUGCUAUUACAUAAUUGGUCUUCCUAUUGGGUUUCUUCUUGGUUACAAAGCAAAACUAGGUGUACAGGGAAUUUGGAUGGGGAUGAUAUUUGGGACAUUUCUGCAAACUGUGAUACUUCUAAUUAUUGUUUGGAGAACAAAUUGGAAUGAGGAGGUGGAACAAGCAUCAGAAAGAAUGCGUAAAUGGAGUGGAGAAGGUAUAGAUUGAGAUAGAACAUAAACUGACAAUUUUCCUUUGCUGUAUAGAGAUACAAUCUUAAUUGGGAAAAGAAAGCUGUAAAUUAAGAUGGUACAAAUAAUUUUUUUUGUAUAUCAAAUUUCUAUGCGAA